AUGGCUUUACGUGGUCAUAGAGAAAAAUUUAGUACUGCUGAUGAAGGAGCCAAUAUAGGAAAUUUUCUUGCCUUUUUAAACUCCUUGCUGAACAUUCAAAAUGAAUUCAUAAACCUACUUGCUUGUACUAUUAGAGAUAGGCUCCUCACCAGUAUAAAAAGAAGUAAGUAUUUUGGUAUCUUACUUGAUUCGACUCCUGAUCUGGGACAUCAAGAGCAGUUAUCCGAAGUAAUAAGAUUUGUGGACAUUGAUUUUGUUACCAAGAAUGUUGUGAUCAGAGAAUCAUUUCUUGGAUACAUUGAAAUUCAUGCCAAAGAUGCAGCAACUUUUGAAACUGAUAUUACUGAGAAACUUGAAUUGGACAACCUACCUCUGGCAGAUUGUAGAUCCCAAUGUUACGACAACGCUGCUCUGAUGACAGGACAUAUUUCUGGGCUUCAACAACGAAUAUGUGACCGAAAUCCUCGAGUAUUGUUAGUGAAUUGUGAUAACCAUAGUUUGAACUUGGUCGGAGUUUAUGCUGCUAAAGUAGAUCCUAUAGUCAUAACAUUUUUUGGAACAGUUGAAAAUACUGUUAAACGGGAAGCAGAAACCAGAUGGAGUGCAAAAGCGGAAGCUGUUAAAGCAAUUUCUGAAGGAAUCACUGAAGUGGUUAAACUUCUUGAAAGUCUUUCAGAUUACAUAAGCCAGACGAUGGAUACAAGAAAUGAAGCUGGAACUUUACUUCAAAAUAUUCUGAAAUUUGAUGUUAUUGUUUUACUUCAUUUUUGGGACAACAUUUUUGGAAAAGUAGACCGUGUUCAAAAACGACUACAAGAUCCCACAAUAAACUUUAAAGAUGCAGCAUCUGAUAUGGAAAUGUUAGAAAAUUAUCUCAAAGAAUUUCGUGAUCAUUUGUGUUAA